AUGGUGGAGAUUCAUAUUGAAACACCACUCCCUAAAAUGUUACUAGCAAGUGUGGAUCUCGGGUGCAGCAAUGAGAUAUUAACAAUGAUUGCCAUGAUCCAGACGAGUCACAUAUUCUAUAGACCGAGGGAGAAGCAAGCUCAAGCAGACCACUUGACAUUCCUAGCUGUAUAUGAAGCAUGGAAGGCGAAGAACUUCUCAGGUCCAUGGUGUUUCGAAAACUUUAUUCAGUCACGAUCGUUAUGGCGUGCUCAGGAUGCGAGGAAACAAUUUCUCAGCAUUAUGGACAAGUAA